AUGUCACUGUUCUCCUUGAAACCACCGCCGGGCAAGGCACGAACCUCGGCUACUGCUUUGAACAUUUGCGUGAUGUCAUCGGUAUGUCAAAAUACCCAGAUCGGUUUGGUGUCUGUUUGGAUACCUGUCAUGUUUUCGCCGCUGGCUACGACAUCCGGACUGAGGCUGAUUGCGAGGUCAACAUUUAAUCAGUUCGACGAGGUCAUCGGCUUAGCGCGAUUAAAGGCUUUUCAUCUCAACGACGCAAAAUCAACCUAUCAGAGUCGCGUGGACCGGCAUGAACACAUCGGCGAUGGCAAUAUCGGUGCAACCGCAUUCGCUUAUAUCCUCAACGAUUCCCGGUUCGCGGAAAUUCCGCUCAUUAUUGAAACACCACAGAUGGAGACAAUGCACGAGACAAACCUCACAACCUUACGCGGAUUAAGUGUGUAA